AUGGGGCUUAGCUUUACGGAAAAUGUGCGAUCUGAUUUGGAGGAGACCAGUUGGGUCCGUUUGUUCAGCAAGCAGCGCCGCAACGAGUUCUUCGUAUUGGUGGCCGAGGAGUUCGUGAGAGACAAGUUCAAUCUUUUAUUCCUGGACAUGGAGGAAAAGAAUUAUCGCAGGAGCCUUGAUGUCAUCUUCAACGAGAAGUCCGAGUCCGAUGCUGGAACCGACGCCGAUGUGGAGGCCGGGAAGCUCUGCGGGCGGAUCCACGCCCGCUUCAUUCUCACCGGUCGCGGCAUCGAGCUGAUGUACAAGAAGUUCCAAAACUGCAAUUUUGGGACUUGUUCAGGCGUCUUCUGUCGGUGGCGGAACGUCCUUCCCAUUGGCAUGAGCGACACACCUGGCAACGAAAUGGUGCGUCUCUUCUGCCCCAUGUGA